UAGAACAGCAGUAAAACAUGAAUUUCAAGUCAAUAUAGAUAUUAUAAACUCAAGUAUUGAUAGCCAUGCAGAGGAGGACUGGUUUUGUAAGAUGAAGCAUUCACCUAUGAGAAAACCCAAUAUUCAUUUCAUUUUGAUUUUUUAUUGAAAGAAAAUAUUUAUAUAUAUAUAUAUAUAUUAAGAAUAUAAAAAGCAUUUAAUACCAUUUAAAAGUUUGUUUUUUGUUUGAUAAGAACCAAAUAGUCAUCUCAAUUGAAGAUUGGAAAGUUCCUAAAAGCUAGAAACUAAUCUAAAUUCUAAACUAGGCCAUGAUCUCUUGCUUAGCCUGCUGUUUCCUGUUGGCCUUUUAUUCAUGACUCUAUAUCUUAUCUCUUACCAACUUAUCUAGAGGAAACCAAAAAAGUUACGCAACAUUAAAAUACAACAACUUCAUUGUUCCCCUCAAUUGUUAACAGAUUUUCAUCAAUCAAGGUUCAACAAGCUAAUCAUUCUUUUAUGCAGUAAAAAAAGGUCAUCAAUCGACACAAUUUUAAGUUGAGGUAUAAUCCACCUUAAAAUCUUGGCAAAGCAGUUGUUGCUGGACUUUCUUCAAAAAACUGCAAUUAUAUACAUAUAGGACUGUUGAAAUUCAAUUUUCAGAAUAGUGUAUUUUUGUACUACUAGUUUGGGUCAAAACUUAAAUUACUUUCUUCUGGAUUGUAAUCCACUUGCUAUCUUUCGGUAACCAUGAGUCAAAAAAAAAAAUCUUCUGGUAACCAUGAGUAACGACCAAGCCUGAGAUCAAGGUUCUCUGUUGCUUCCUAACAUUUAUGAUUUGUAGCCAACAACCCAUUAUCUACCUUAUAAUUACUACAAUAGAAUUGUGGUAUCUAGCUAUAUGUCAGCAUUGAGCCGCGUUAACAAUACGGAGAAAACAUGUGACAUGUCUAAUGGAUGUCUACAAAAAUAUGAGUAUGCAUAAACCAAGCAUUAAGUUUAACCGAGCCAUCACAUUUGACUUCCAAGAGGGUAAUCUAUUAGCCUUUCAUUUAGAAGGUGGGGCAUAUUAUAUUAACACUCUUAUUGAAGUUGUUGAUCCUUAAUAUAAAGAGACAUCCAGGAAAAUACCAUAUGAUCUCUCAUCUCAUGGACCCCAUUCUUUAACAAUUAUUUCUCAAAAAAAUUGGAUUUCAAUAAACUCUUGAAGACUAUAAAUACGCUAUUUUCCUUCAUAGAAACCACAAGUCAUUCGCAAGAUCAAAAGAUACAUACAGUUUUCUUGAAUUUGAGAGCUUUACUUUGUUCUUUGACACAUUUAAAAUGGGCUUUCGUUUACCUGCUGCUAUUAGACGGGCUUCAUUUAACAGUAGCCAAACACCAUCAAAAAUCGCAAAUGUACCAAAAGGGUAUCUUGCAGUGUACGUUGGAGAGGAAAUGAAGCGGUUUGUGAUCUCCAUGUCAUACUUGAACCAACCUUCAUUCCAAGAUUUGUUGAGUCAAGCAGAGGAAGAAUUCGGAUAUGAUCAUCCAAUGGGUGGCCUCACAAUUCCUUGCGCAGAAAAUGUUUUCUUGCAUAUUACUUCUCACUUCAAUGGGCUAUAAAUCUAAAACUGCAGAAGAAUGGAAUAAUAGUGACAUUUUGUACAAUAGGCAACAUUUAUACUUGUAAAUAUUUUCCUUUUCAAUUAUUGGGUAUGAUUGAACAUACUCAAUAACAUUAAUUUACUCUCUUUUAUAUUUUUUAAUCAUAAUGGCACAAUGUUUCAACAACUCAA